GAUCGUGAUUAUGAAUAGGAUGUGUGAUAAGCAGUAUUUCAAUGAACAGCGCGCAUAACUUUUUCAAUUAACCACACCCUUUGCACUAUGACGCCAACCCAUAAGCUCCUUUUACUUCAGUGUAAACGGAAGUGAACAGUGACCAAGAACAUUUUCCACGAAAGCGGUUUUUGUUGUUAUUUAGACGUUUAUUAACACCCUGGAACUUAAAAGAUGACUAAUUUAACUGCACAGCAUUACAUUAGUUACCUCAGGUAGUGUUUAAUUCGCGUUGGAGACCGGACUUGGUUGAUAGCUAGCAAGCGUUACCUAAAACGUCUAGCUAUUAACAAUGGCUAACGGUAUGAUUUUUCACACGCAAAUAGCCUCCAUUAUGGAGGUGCUAGCGAAUGCAGCCGUGGCAGAUAUAUGUAAACUCGUAGACGACGACUAUGCAGUGUUUCGUUUGGAAAUAACCCAAAGCCAAAAAGAAAACAGGGCUUUGCGGAGGAAACUACAGCUACUGGAAAUGAAGGUGGCACGGGAGCGCGCAGAGAGAACAAUGCGAGAGCGCGUCCUCGCCAGUCGUCCCAGUAGUGUCAAGGUCCUCGACCGAUACAGAGGAAUGAUAAGAGGUGAAGGACAUCUCACUGGAGGCCACAGGAGCUUUGUGAAGCCAGUGGGACACAAUACAUGGAGAGAUGACCAACCAAUCACUGUUGAUGAGGGGAGUGGAACCUCAACCCAGCACGUUAUCGUGAUAGAGUCUGAAGAUGCAGAGGCUGCAGGUCCUGGGGUCAAGCCGGAGGGGUCUGAAGGAGAGGAGGACCAAUGGCACAGCAGAGACAUCCAGACUGGAGCAGCAUCUGGUGCGCCCCAUGUAGCCACGGAGGACCCCACCUCCCCUGUCCAGCCCAGGAUCCGACACUGCAUCACGGAGGUCAGUGGAAUGCCGAACUUCGCCCUCAAGUCAGAGACCAACACCAAGACAUUAACUGAAACACACAGGCUAUUACACACAGGAACUGACCACAGAUCAGACCCAGAGAGACUGGGGCCACUCAGCUGUCCUCCUGCUCCCGGUUCCGAAUACUUACCAGUAUUUCACCAGAGCCAGAAGACGGAUCAUUCCCGUGGAGAUGGUGAUCCAUCUUGUUCUUACUCUACAGAGAUGGACUCUGGCAACAUGCCCUUGUGUUUAGAGACACAGAAUGAUCUGUCUAGAGGGGGGUGGAACCGGUACACUAGUAGUGUACACUCUGAAGGGUGCCUAGAUAAGAAAGGGGAGGUUAUAGUCAUUGAUGAAGUGACUGUGAAAAUGGAGGGCGACAUUUCUCUCACAUGGAAUGCAGAUAGUCACCUAGGUGACGGACACUCACAAGGCAGAGACUUCUUAGAUUACAGGGAAAGUCUAGAGACAAAUCCAAAUGUCGCGACCCACUCCCCUUUACACACACUCAAGGAUCGGGACCCAGUGUCCACAUCAAUGGGGCCUUCCGAUUCACACAGCCUUUUCGAUCAGGUAUUGAACUCAAACGACAGCGCUAGAGCCCAGGCUCGGGAAGGGGGAGCAACAUCAGACAGUAGUAAAGAGAAACGGUUCCUCUGCAUGUUCUGUAACAAAGGCUUCAGCUGCCUCCAGAAGGUGGAGAUUCAUCAGAGGUUCCACACAGGGGUGAAACCCUUCAGCUGUAACCAGUGUCACAUGUGCUUCGCCCAGGCUGGUGACCUGAAGAGGCACCAGAGGGUACACACAGGGGAGAAACCCUACAGCUGCCCCCAGUGUGAGAAGAGGUUCUCCCGUCUGGACAAACUGAAGAUGCACCUGAAAGUCCACACGGGAGAGAGGCCAUUCGCCUGUACACACUGCAGGAAGAGGUUCUCAGAGAGGAGCUACCUCAAGAUACACCAGCAGAAAAAACAUUCCACUCUAUAACAUAGAAAGUAACAUUGCACUCCAUGCUUCUACACCUGCAUUGCUUGCUGUUUGGGGUUUUAGGCUGGGUUUCUGUACAGCACUUUGAGAUAUCAGCUGAUGUACGAAGGGCUAUAUAAAUACAUUUGAUUUGAUAGCUUCUGAGGUUUAGAUCAAAUCUUGAAUUAAAGAGAAAUAUUAAUUUGUAUUGUCAGCAGAAAAGAUCCACUGAUGAAUUUGGAAUAACGAGAGUAACAGAUUUCAUUAUUGAAUAUUCCUGGGUAGAAUAUUGCAUCCAGACAUUGUGUGAUAUAUAAGGCAUAUAGGCCUAAAAAGUCUGAUACAUAGUGUUUGUACUGUGUAGGAUAUAUGUUCACAAAUGCCUAUUUGAUUACUUCCAUUAAACUAUUACAUUUUUUUAAAA